AGAUCAAUUUUGUCAAACAACCCCCGGGUUUUAAGCCGGACAGCGACGAGCCAUCGCCAUGUCCGGCCAGAAUCAGGCGAGCCUGAUGGCCUCGGCCGCAAUGACCGAAGCAGGUCUUGCUUUUGUCGCCCAGCCAUCAUCCAUGCCCCAGAUUCGCCGUCCUACACACUCCAGUGCUCAGUCGCGGCCGGAGGGGUCAAAUGGCUCCCUCUCCCAGGCCGCCAUGGGCGGAUCCUUGCUUGGCCUCACGGCCAUGUCACGGCGCCAGAAGCGGGCCAAGCGUGCGGGCCUGCGGGUGGCGACGGCUGAUGUCAAGACGCUGAAUGCCCCGGAUGGCGAGGAUGAGAUGAUGGCAGGCGUCUCUGGCGGGGCCAUGGGAGGCUACACGCAAUCCAACGUGGCAUCGCGCCGCGUGGUACCCACAGAGGCGCAACAGAAGGGCAGGAAGUACGUGAAGGUGGUCUACGUGGUCCUGGAGUCCCAGUACCAGUCAGCCAUGACGACUGCAAUCAAGCAGAUCAACAAGACCCCGGGCCCCGUAUGCAUGGAGUGCGUCGGGUACUUGCUGGAGGAGAUUCGCAGCGAGGCGAGCGAGGCUGAGCUGGCAAAGGAUAUGCAGGAUGCCAACAUCUUCAUUUGCUCUCUGAUCUUUGUGCAAGAGCUCGCGGAGAAGCUGGUGAAGAUAGUGGAACCUUGCCGAGACCAGCUGGAUGCUUGCCUGUGCUUCCCCUCUAUGCCGGAGGUGAUGAAGCAAAACAAGCUCGGGACCUUCGAUCUGACGCAGAUCGCUGGCGGUCCGUUGGGCAACUUUGCGCAGCAGGUCAAAGAUCUCAGGCAGAAGUCUCUGUCGAAGAGCAAGCCCACCACCGGCGGAAACUUUCAGGACAGCUUGCUGAAGCUUGUGAGAACCUUGCCCAAGGUCUUGAAGUUUUUGCCGGGUGACCAGGCCAAGGAUGCCAGGACUUUUGUGCUGUCCCUGCAGCACUGGCUGGGUGGCACUCCUGAGAACCUGGAGGCCAUGCUGCUCCGCGUCGCAGGGGGCUACGUGAAAGGUGUGGAGGAGAUCGAUACAGAGUCGCUGAUGGAUCCUGUGGUGCUGCCGGACAUGGGAAUUUGGCACCCGCUGGCACCUCAGAUCUUCGACACCAUGGCGGACUACCGGGAGUGGUACGACAAGGUCCACUGCCCCGCCGCCGGCCUUGCAGUCGACGCGCCCACCAUUGGGCUGGUGCUGCAGAAGUCCCACAUCGCCACCAAAGACGAUGGCCACUAUGUGGGCAUGGUCCAGGAGUUGGAGCGCCGCGGCGCCCGGGUGGCAUGCACCUACACGGGGGGCCUGGACUUCUCCGUGCCCGUGCAGGACUUCCUGAGCUUGCCCAGCGGUGAGGGGGCCGUGGACGCGCUGGUGAACCUCACGGGCUUCUCGCUGGUGGGUGGCCCUGCGUCCCAGGAUGCCAAGAAGGCCAAGGAGGUGCUGAUGCGCUUCAACCGGCCCUACUUGGUCUCGGUGCCUUUGGUUUUCCAGUCCUUCACGGAGUGGCAGAACAGCCAGCUGGGUUUGCAUCCCGUUCAGGUGGCUCUGCAGGUGUCGCUUCCGGAGAUUGACGGGGCCAUCGAGCCCCUCAUCUUCUCGGGGCGCGACGGCACCAGCGGUCGGUCCAUUCCCAUGCAGGACCGCAUCAGCUCGCUGGCCACCCGGUCCUUGAACUGGGCCAACUUGCGGCGGAAGCCCAACUCGGAGAAGAAGCUGAGCAUUUGCGUGUUCCAGUUCCCUCCGGACAAGGGCAAUGUUGGCACCGCCGCCUACCUGGACGUAUUUGGCAGCAUCCAUGCAGUGAUGAAGGAGCUGAAGAGCCAGGGCUACACUGUGGACGACAUCCCGGAGGAUGCCCAAGGACUGCAGAAGUCCAUCCUGGAGGACCCUGAAGCCUCCAUGUCCAUGUCGGACUUGAACGUGGCCUACCGCAUGAGCGUGAACGAGUAUGAGACCUUGUGCCCCUUCGCCCAUGACCUGCGGGAGAACUGGGGGCCGCCGCCGGGAGAGCUCAACACGGAUGGCCAGGACAUGCUGAUUUACGGCAAACAGUUCGGCAACGUCUUCAUCGGCGUUCAGCCCACCUUCGGCUACGAGGGAGAUCCUAUGAGGUUGCUCUUUGCCAAGUCGGCUUCGCCUCACCACGGCUUUGCAGCCUUCUACACGUACCUGGAGUUCAUCUUCAAGGCGGACGCCUUGUUGCACUUCGGCACCCACGGGUCUCUGGAGUUCAUGCCCGGCAAGCAAGUGGGCAUGUCAGGCGGCUGCUACCCCGAUCGACUGAUCUCGGUCCUGCCGAACAUCUACUACUAUGCGGCCAACAACCCUUCAGAGGCAACCAUCGCCAAGCGCCGAUCCUAUGCAUCCACCAUCUCAUACUUGACCCCGCCAGCGGAGAAUGCCGGACUUUACAAGGGCCUGAAGGAGCUGAGCGAUUUGGUGAAGUCCUACCAGGGCCUGCGGGAGAACGAGCAGCGAGGCGCCUCCAUCGUGAACAGCAUCAUUGCCACAGCCCGGCAGUGCAACCUGGAUAAGGACAUCGACAACCUGCCCAGCGAGGAGGAUGAUAUGGCCAAGGUGACCAUGGAGCAGAGAGAUGACGUGGUGGGCAAGGUCUAUCGCCUGCUCAUGGAGAUCGAGAGUCGUGCCCUGCCUAUGGGCCUCCACCAGGUCGGGGUGCCUCCCACAGCGGCGGAGUCUGUGGCCACCUUGGUGAACAUCGCGCAGCUGGACCGCCCGGAGAUGGGCAUCAGGAGCUUGCCGCGCAUCAUCGCAGAAACCCAGGGCAAGGACAUCGAGGCGGUCUACAAAGGCAACAACGAGGGCAACUUGGAGGACGUGGCCCUGAUCCAGCAGAUCACCGAGGCCUCUCGGAAGGCCGUGGGGGCGCUGGUGGCGCAGUCCACCAACGAGGAGGGCCGCGUGUCGGAGGUGAACCCCUUCGGGGACAUCUUCAACUUCUUCAUGGGCGGCUCCCCCUACAAGAAAGCGCUGGAGGAGGUUGGCUUCGACUGCCCCGACGACCAGCUGAAGCCACUCUUCGAGUAUCUUCAGGUGUGCCUGGGGGAGGUGGUCCGCAACAACGAGGUGCCCAGCCUCAUCAAGGCGCUGGAUGGCAAUUUCAUUGAGCCAGGCCCAGGGGGUGACCCCAUCCGCAACCCCGACGUGCUGCCGACUGGCAAGAACAUGCACGCCCUGGAUCCUAACUCCAUCCCCACCAAGGCGGCUUGCGAUGUGGCCCUGGUGGUCGUGGAGCGGCUGCUGGACUCCUUGAAGGAGCAGCAGGGGGGCGAGCUGCCGGAGUCGAUCGCCUUCACGCUCUGGGGCACGGACAACAUCAAGACCUACGGAGAGAGCUUGGCACAGGUGCUGGCCCUGGUGGGCGCCCGCCCGGUGCCAGACUCCCUGGGCCGCGUGAACAAGGUGAAAGGUUUGGCCUCCUGGCUUGAGCCAUCUUGGGCUCAUGUUGGGGUGCAGUUGAUCCCUCUGGAGCAGCUGGGCAGGCCCCGCAUCGAUGUGGUGUGCAACUGCUCGGGUGUCUUCCGAGACUUGUUCAUCAACCAGAUGAACCUCCUGGACCGUGCCAUCAAGGAAGCUGCGGAGGCGGAUGAGCCUUUGGAGAUGAACUUUGUGCGAAAGCACGCCAUGGAGCAGGCCGAGGAGUUGAACAUCUCCUUGCGGCAGGCGGCCACGCGGGUUUUCUCCAACGCAGCGGGAUCCUACUCGGCGAACGUGGGUAUCGCCAUCGAGAAUGGCGCAAAAGUGGACGAGGACCAGCUCCAGGAGCAGUUCGUCACGCGCAAGGGCUUCGCCCUGAGCUCCGACGCGCCCGGGGAGCUGCAGGAGGCCUCCAGCCUCUUCAAGUCCGCCCUGCAGAAGGUGGACGUGACCUUCCAGAACCUGGACAGCAGCGAGAUCUCUUUGACGGACGUGUCGCACUACUUCGACAACGACCCGACGAAGGUCGUGUCCAACCUGCGCAAGGACGGCAAGAAGCCGGCGUCCCUGAUCGCGGACACCACCACCGCCAACGCGCAGGUCCGAUCGCUCUCUGCCCAGGUGCGCCUGGACAGCCGCACCAAGCUGCUGAACCCCAAGUUCUACGAGGCGAACCUCAAGGGCGGCUAUGAGGGCGUCCGAGAGAUCUCGAAGCGUAUGCGGUUCACCUUCGGCUGGAGUACCACUGCUGACGCGGUUGAUAACUUCGUGUACGAAGACUGCAACACGACCUACAUCCAGGAUGAGGAGAUCAAGAACAAGAUGCUGGAGGCCAACCCGGAUGCCCUCAGGGACAUGGUGGAGACCUUCCUGGAAGCCAACGCCAAGGGCUACUGGGACACCUCCGAGGACAACCUUGAGAAGCUGAAGGAGGUGUACCAGGAGUGCGAGGAUCGCAUUGAAGGUGUGGAUUUUACAGCCUAAAGCGGCCUUCCACGUCCUGCGGUAAUGCAUCCUCGUCGGCUCCUAGUUCGUUACUUCCUGCCAACGAGCGUCGCUUUGUAGCGGCUUCAGUGGAGCGCAAAGUGUCUCCCGUUAUGUUUGAUUAAGCCCAAACAGCCUGACAUUUGGGAGGUGCGGACCUCCCAACUUCGGGGGCAAAAGCACGUGCCCCUGACUUUUUUUCGAAUCUGCUCUGUCGUCCGGGGCGGUGCACCGUGCGACUCAGAGGACACG